CCAGCCCAGCUUUGCAUCUCCCUCUCCGCUCUCCUCUUCGCCGAGCUGAGAUGAGGACGCCCAGCCCGCCGGACCGCCGCCGGCGCAAGCCACCGCCACCUCCAAGUCCGUCCGUGCUGCUUCAUGCUGUGGCUACUCGCCGGCGCAGUCAGUCUCCCGAGCUCCACCACCAUCGCUCGCGUUCCGGCCGUCCGUCCAUGGCCGCGACAGCCACCGGCAUCAGCAGGGCAAGCGCGGCGGGGGGCAACGACAUCGGCACCGAGUUUCGGCCUCCAAACCCACAUCCCGCCCGCCCGCCCCCCAUCGCCGCCGCUGCUCAAGGUUCCUUAGAAAUUAGCGAGGUGAGGUGGAGCGCUUUGGCCAGAGAGUACUCUGGUCCAAGUUUAGCAGAAGGAGGUGAACUAGAUAGAUAGAGGCUGGGAAAUUUGUUUUGAUCCCUAGGCUGGAAAAUGUUGCUCAACUCUGCACAUUCGAACCCAGAAGAGUCGUCCUCCAGAUUACAAUUGAUUCAUCAUUGUUCAUUGGAAUCUCAAGCGAAUUUCUAUCGACCAGCCCCUGUACCAUUAUCGAGCGUGCUUGUCUCUGCGCAGGAUCCUAAAUUUGGAAUGCUCUAAUCCAUCUGAGAACUCAAGCAGUUAAAGCUUGCUAGGGGCUUGACUCGUGGAAUAAGUGAUAGAGACCUGAAACCAACCUCAGAUGAGCAAAUGCAGAGUACAAGCUGCAGUUUCAUUACCUUCUUUGUUUGUUUCUCAGUCACCUUGCAAUCAUCUGGUUUUGGUUUCAUAAAAUAGAGAGUCAGAUGAUGACGAUUGACGAUUGAUAUUACUUUCAAACCUUAUGAUCAUCUAGUUUUGGUUUCAACAAAUACAAAGUCAAAUGGUGACGAUUGACGAUUAAUAUUACUUUCAAUGGUUGCUAGUCUAUUAUGUUCUCCACAUGAAUUUAAGAGGCACACCCUUGACAUGUAUCGCCCGGUAGUGGGUCAUAACACUCUGAGCAAGUCAUUACAGUAUAAUAUUCACCUCUAGUCACCCAGUAGUAUUUUCAAUCCAUGCUAACUUGCCAAUUAAUCUCAAUACAAUACCAUGAUAUAUUAUGCAUUAUCGAAUGCUGCCAUGAUGUAUUGCUGUGCCUGUGACUAUAUAGACUUUUUUUUAACCACACAUAAUCAUGUAUACAUGUUUGAAUAUUUCCUGAAUUAUUGUUCUAAAUCAGACCACGGUCAGCAUUGGUGGUAGGUCGCUCCUCUGUUAGUCAAUCGAUUGUAUUGGUCAUGAUGAGAAUGCAGUUGCUUCAGUUUCGAAAAGAGCACUGACCCAUUAGGCUGCAUUUCUUAUUCCUGUUUUUGUGGCUCGUGUAUACGUAAAUUAAGUGCUUACAUGCUAAUUGUUGUUCUCCUGCAUAGAUAGCCCACAUUUAGCAUAUACACCAUACCAUUGUAUACAUCAUUUACAUUUUACGUUAUUCAAACGGUUCCUUUAAUGGACUGGUUGCUCAAACUGGAAACUGGUUCCUGCAACUGGACAAGAUGAAGGGAUGCUUGAAUAUAUUGCUUCCAGUUCGUUUGCACAGGCAACUCAUAUUCAGGAUCAUAGAUGCCCAGUAGCCAGUGUUUGGUUUUCAAAUGACUUGUUAAUUUUUUUUUCAUUGAAAAAAGGUAUUCUACGCAUUCUGCUUCAUUUCUUAAGUAGAUUUGCUUCUACAGAAAGUUACACUCAUUGCUUUUUUUUUUUUUGCUUGCUCUCGGAACAUCACAGUGUUAUUAGUUACAUACAAAAGUUCCAUCCUGGCGAAGAUGGCCCUUUUGGUAUAUCUGCCAAUGCUUGGAAAUGCCUAUAAAGGCUGUGCUGGUUACUCUGCCAUGACAUAUGACGUGUGCUGGAUACUGGUUUAUGUUUGCCUUUUAUGCUUAGAAAUAAAUAUCGUUCAGUUCUCUCUAACUGCAGCAAUCUUCAACUGUCAAUCUUGUAGUGCUGGAUCUCUGAGACCAUUCUUUUUUGGCUUCAAAGAAAAUUGAACUUAUUUGCACUGAACUUCAUUUCUCUGUUCUUCUGAUUACUGUUCAGCAAUUAAAGUGGAUGUUUGUCGUGUUUCAUUUUCUAAGGAUUAUAUAGCGCAACUAGGUGUUUAUUAUUUCUGACCACUAUUCUAUUUAUUAAUACCUUCUGCAUCAUGUUGUUUGUCAAGCAUGUUGGUGCUCUGUCCUGAAAAAAAAAACAUCUCUUCAUCUUCGCAUAAUACUACAAAUGUAGUGGUUGGUUUCCAUCUAGCAGGGAUGCUAUAUCUUUUGAAAGUUGUAUUGAGCAAGUUGUUGACGAAAUAUACCACCAUAGUUAGUAUUUUUGUUUUUGGUGUAAGCAUUCCUUGUUUAUUCACUCCACUGUUCAAUUGGUCCAGUCUAGUUAAUUGUGCGAUUAAAAGAUGCUUUCACACAUUUCUAUUGAUCUUUAUCUGUGUGUGCGCAAAAGCUGGUCCUAAUGAAUAUUCUGAAUCAUGUGUGUUUCCUCUGAUAACAUUUAUUUUGACCUCGUUUGUAAAUGAUCUGGUUGCUUAUUUUGUUUAGGAUAAUGUGCAGGAGGCUAAGCAAGCACUUCAAUUGACAAGAAAGUGGGGAACAAUUGAUGUAGCUGAUGCACUAGAGCUUCUCUCACCAGAUUCUGAAAGCGAGGAAUGCAUUUGUGUUGUGCGUGAGCAUUGCAAUGGCGGAGCUGGUGGCCACCAUGGCGAUCCGGCCACUGGUGUCCAUGCUGCAGGACAAGGCGUCCAGCUACCUCCUCGACCAGUACAAUGUGAUGGAGGGAAUGGAGAAGCAACACAGGAUUCUGAAACGCAGGCUUCCUAUCAUCUUCGACAUCAUCACUGACAUUGAGAGGGCGACGGCCCACAGAGAAGGGCCGAAAGCCUGGCUCGAGGAUCUCAAGACAGUGGCCUAUGAGGCAAAUGAAGUCUUUGACGAAUUCAAGUAUGAAGCACUCCGCCGUGAAGCAAAGAAGAAUGAACAUUGCCGAAAGCUUGGCUUCGAUGCGGUUAAACUCUUCCCUACUGAAAACCAUGUCGUGUUCCGUCACAGAAUGGGUAGAAAGCUUUGCAGGAUUCUGGAGGAUAUCAACGUCCUGAUUGCAGAGAUGCAUGACUUUGGGUUGAGGCAGACAUUCUUGGUAUCCAAUCAGUUAGGGCAGACUCCGGUGUCCAAGGAGUGGAGGCAGACAGAUUAUGUCAUCAUCGACACACAAGAAAUUGCCAGAAGAUCCAGACACGAAGAUAAGAUUAAUAUCGUCGACAUACUACUUGGUCAAGCUAGCAAUGCAGAUCUCUCAGUAGUUCCCAUUGUUGGAAUGGGGGGGCUUGGAAAGACCACAUUAGCGCAACUCAUAUACAAUGAACCUGAAAUUCAGAAGCAUUUUCCGUUGCAGCUCUGGGUCUGCGUCUCUGAUACCUUUGAUGUGAAUUCGGUGGCUAAGAGUAUAGUUGAAGCAUCCCCCAUGAAAAAUGAUGAUACAGACAAACCACCACUGGAUAGACUUCAAAAACUUGUCAGCGGGCAGAGGUAUCUCCUUGUAUUGGGUAAUGUCAGGAACAGAGAGUUCCAUAAGUGGGAAAGGCUGAAGGUCUGUCUUCAGCAUGGUGGCAGGGGUAGUGCAGGGUUGACAACAACCCGUGAUAAACAAGUUGCUGAAAUUAUUGGCACAGAUAGAAUCUACAAUCUCAAUGUUUUGAACGAUAACUUCAUAAAGGAAAUUAUUGUGUCUAGAGCAUUCAGUUUACAGAAUGAAAAGCCUCCCGAGCUACACGAGAUGGUUGGUGAGAUUGUGAACAGAUGUCAUGGCAAUCCUUUAGCUGCAACUGCACUGGGAUCUCUGCUUCAUACCAAGACCAGCGUGAAAGAAUGGAAGGAUGUAUCAUCUAGAAGCAGCAUUUGCAUCGAGGAAACUGGAAUUUUGCCAAUACUAAUGCUUAGUUACAACGAGUUGCCAUCACACCUGAAGGAGUGCUUUGCUUUCUGUGCUCUGUUUCCCAAAAAUUACCAGAUUGAUGUGAAGAAGUUGAUCCAUCUAUGGAUUGCAAAUGGCUUGAUCCCAGAACACAAAGAAGAUAGUCUUGAAACCAUUGGAAAACAUAUUUUCAAUGAGCUGGCCUCAAGGUCAUUCUUUCUGGACAUAGAGGAAAGUAUAGACAUCUAUGGGUAUUAUUCAACUACAUGUAAAAUCCAUGAUCUUAUGCAUGCUAUUGCAAUGUCUGUUAUGAAGAAGCUAUCUGUUGUUGCAACCGAUGAACCAAGUCAAAUCCAAUGUCUUCCAGAUACUACUCGGCAUUUAUUUUUGUCACGUGACGAAGCAGAAGGUAGAUUCUUCUCACGUGAGGAAACAAAAGGUAUUUUGAAUGAGUCUCUGCAGAAAAGAUCCCCUGUUAUCCGAACACUAAUAUGUGAUAGUUUUUCGGGAAGCUCAUUGAAGCAUCUGUCAAAUUACAAGUCUUUGCGUGUCUUGAAGCUCCAUAUAGGGAGAGAAUCCUUUCUACCAAAACCAAAGUAUUUGCGUUACCUAAGGUACCUUGAUCUCUCCAACAGUUAUAUCAAAGCACUUCCUGAAGAUAUAAGUAUUCUGUAUAACCUUCAAAUGUUGGACCUUUCCAACUGCUUUCAUCUUGGUCGACUCCCAAGGCAAAUGAAGUAUAUGACUUCCUUGCGUCACCUCUACACUCAUGGAUGCCCGAAGUUGGAGAGCAUGCCUCCAGAACUCGGAAACCUCACUAAGCUGCAGACACUUACAUGUUUUGUAGCAGCAGUUACUAGCCCUGAUUGUAGUGAUGUUGCAGAGCUGCUUUAUUUAAACCUUUGUGGUCAGCUAGAGGUAUGUCAGGUAGAGAAUGUUAUAGACGCAGAGGCAAAAGUGCUAAACCUUGGAAACAAGAAGGAUCUCAGAGAACUGACACUAAGAUGGAAUUCUGUUUGUGACAGCAAGGUGCUCGACAAUUUCAAACCACAUGGUGGGCUGCAGGUUCUGAAGAUAUAUUCCUAUGGAGGAAAGUGCAUGGGUAUGUUGCAAAACAUGGUUGAGAUCCAUCUUUUUCGUUGUGAAAGAUUGCAAUGUUUGUUCAGAUGUGAUACAUCCUUCACUUUUCCAAAACUGAAAGUGCUUAUGCUAGAAGAUUUGUUUGGUUUUGAGAGAUGGUGGGAAAUAGAUGAGAGGCAAGAAGAACAGAGAAUAUUUCCUGUGCUUGAGAAGUUGUUUAUUAGUAAUUGUGGAAAGUUGGUAGCAUUACCUGAAGCACCAUUGUUGCAAGGACCUUGUGAUGAAGGUGGUUAUACAUUGGCACGCUCAGCAUUUCCUGCCCUAAAGGUGCUCAAAAUGAAGAACUUGGAGAGCUUUCAGAGAUGGGAUGCAGUCAAAGAGACUCAAGGUGAACACGUAGUGUUUCCUUGGCUAGAGGAACUAUCAAUUGAGGAAUGCCCAGAGCUGACAGCAUUACCUGAAGCACCAUUGCUUCAAGAACCAUGUAGUGGGGGUGGUUAUAGAUCGGUACGCUCAGCGUUUCCUGCCCUCAAGGUGCUCAAAAUGAAAGACUUGGAGAGCUUUCAGAGGUGGGAUGGAGUCGGAGGGACAUUGCUUCCUCAGCUUGAGAAACUGUCAGUUCAGAAGUGCCCAAAGAUGAUAUAUUUACCUCAAGCACCAAAACUCAUUGUGUUGGAAGUUGAAGAUGGCAAGCAAGAGAUCUUUCAUUUUCUAGACAGAUAUUUGUCUUCAUUGACAAAUCUGAUUCUGAAGCUAGAAAACAUAGAAACAACAUCAGAAGCUGAGUGCACUUCAAUUGUACCAGUGGACAUCAAGGAGAGAAGGAACCAGGAAUCCCCUCUUACAGUUAUGAAGCUAAGAUGUUGCAACUCAUUAUUUGGAGUAGAUGCACUAGAGCCGUGGGACUAUUUUGUGCAUCUUGAAGAGUUGGAAAUUAAUAGUUGCGAUGUGCUCAUCUACUGGCCAGAGAAAGUGUUUGACAGGUUGGUAUCCUUGAGGAGAUUAGUGAUUAAAAAUUGCAAAAAUCUGAUUGGAUACACACAAGCUCCUCUUGAGCCAUUGGCGUCCGAAAGGAGUCAGCACCUGAGAUGCCUGGAGUUUCUUAGAUUACAAUUUUGUGCAAGUUUGGUCGAGAUGUUCAAUGUCCCGACAUCACUCAAGAGCAUUUCUAUUUGGGACUGCCCGAAGCUUGAGUACAUAUUUCGCAAGCAGCAGGGCAUGUCAGAGUUGGUCCAAGGAUCUUCUUGCAGUGAGGAAAUCAUGCCUGCAGCUGUAUCAGAGUUGCCAUCCUCACCCAUGAAUCAGUUUUGUCCAUGCCUAGAAGAUCUAACUUUAAUAAGAUGUGAAAGCUUACCAGCGGUUCUAAAUCUGCCUGCAUCCUUAAAGACCUUAGGAAUUGAUGGCUGCAGUAGUAUUCAAGUCCUAUCAUGCCAGCUGGGUGGGCUCCAGAAACCAGAAGUCACUACCUCCAUAAGCAGAAGUCCUAUCAUGCCAGAGCCAGCAGCAGCAGCUGCUACAAGAGAGCAUUUACUUCCUCCCCAUCUCGAAUCUCUAGUAAUAUGGGACUGUGCUGGCAUGUUGGGUGGGACUCUCUGUCUGCCUGCACCCCUCAAGAGACUAGACAUUAUUGGCAACAGUGGGUUGACAUCGCUGGAGUGUCUAUCAGGAGAACGCCCCCCAUCGCUGGAAGCCCUUUAUCUUGAAAGAUGCGGUACCCUGGCAUUCCUGCCAAAUGAGCCACAAGUAUACAGGUCUCUCUUGUUUCUUGAAAUUAGAGGCUGCCCUGCUAUAAAGAAGCUCCCUAGAUGCCUGCAGCAGCAACUGGGAAGCAUCAACUACAAACGACUAGAUGCCUGUUAUGAAGUGAUGGCACUUAAACCAAAGACAUGGAAGUUGAUGCCAAGGCUAGUCCGUGAGCGGAGGAAGGCCGCUCGACAAGCCAGGGAGUGCCAGCAAUCCGCCAUGCAGGAGUAAACAGGCCUGAUACCUGGUUGUUGCUCUGCUCUGCUAGGGGAAUGGCAUGUGAUUGCUUCUACAACUUAACUGUGCUGCAGGCACUCUUGGCCGAGAACUGUCGGAGCCUGCAGUUUAGGGCUGGCGACUGCUUGGCGUCGAGCCGAGCAUCUUUGAAUCAACAUCCUAGGCGGAGAGGAUCUCAUCUUGAUCUGGUUUGCUGCUGCCCAGUCAAGCAGAGGAAAACAGGGAAGAAACAACGUAGAAAGGGCAUGGUAGUUUCUUUUAUUUUUCUUCAGAAAUUGUACCAAUUUAUGUCACGAUUGUUAUCUGCUCCGUUAAACUCUUAUCAUUUUCUUGUUAAAGAUUCAGAUACCUGCCAUGUUUAGUAGAAGCUGGGGUACUUGUAAUGUGAGCUAUAUAUGUCUUGUUUCAGCCUCGUUGCUUUAGUUCAGAAGACGAUGGCUUUUAACUUGUCCAGAUGGUACUGCAGUAGUAUUUAAACUGUGAUUUGUUUAUUUGCUCCGGUGCCUUUUCCAAAUCAAGUACGAGCUGGGAAAGGCUGAGGUGGUGUUGAACUUCCUGGCCCUGCUUGCUUGAUGAGAAGUUUUACCGGCAUAUAGUGAGGUGCCGGAGCGGGAUGGAUGCCAUCAUCUCU